AUGAGCGGCUCGAAGCCCAGGGUGGCGGCGCCGGCGCCGGGAACCUCAGGGCCGCUGAGCCGGCUGCGCGGGCGGAGCGGCUCCGGGGACGCUGCUGUGGCGCCGCCGCCGCCGCGAACGGUCCUGCCCCGGACGGAGGCGGAGCUGCUGGCGCUGGAAGUGAUCCGGCCCGAUCAUGUACUGGGGCUGAGCCGCGUCACAGAGAACUAUUUGUGCAAACCUGAAGACAAUAUCUACAAUAUUGACUUCACCAAGUUCAAGAUCCGGGACCUAGAAACUGGGACAGUGCUGUUUGAAAUUGCCAAACCUUCUGCUUUAGAACAAGAUGAUGAUGAUGAUGAUGACAGCGGAGAAGUUGACUCCAGUGCAGGGCGGUUUGUUCGCUACCAGUUCACUCCUGCCUUUCUGCGCCUCCGGACAGUUGGUGCAACUGUUGAAUUCACAGUGGGAGGCAAGCCUGUAUCGAACUUCCGCAUGAUUGAGAGACAUUACUUCAGAGACUGCCUGCUCAAGAACUUUGACUUUGAUUUUGGCUUCUGCAUCCCAAACAGCAGGAACACUUGUGAACACAUCUAUGAGUUCCCUCAGCUUUCAGAGGACCUUAUCCGCCUAAUGGUUGAAAACCCCUAUGAGACCCGCUCAGACAGCUUCUACUUUGUGGACAACAAGCUCAUCAUGCACAAUAAGGCCGACUAUGCGUACAAUGGAGGGCAGUAGCUGUUACAACUGCAUCCUUCAGACUUUGUGCUACUACUAGCUAUUCUGGAUGCACAGAAGGAGAGCAGAAGAGCUUGGUGCCUGCUCCGUUGCCUCUUGUGAAACAUCCUGCAAGACAAGAUGUGAAAUGAAGGGUGACCUGAUACGACAGUAAAAGAGCUCUGCUUGCAACUCGGCCCUUCCCGGCAAUGUUACUUCCUUGGCCCCUUUGGUUUCCGGUGAUACUUUAGUCAGAUAACAGGUCAGACCAUGAAGUGUUAACUGAUGUAGCAGUUCUUGUCACUGGACAGACUUGGCCUGUAUGUCUUGUGUAUUCUCCCCCUUCCCCCAGAAGAGACCACUUUCUGUCCAGAGACCACUGGGCCAGAUUCUGCAGUCUGAGGCUGCUGCCUUUUGCAGGUACUGAGUGAAAGUUAAGUAUCAGUCUCCCUUUGAAGGGUCCUGGGAGCUGGUGAAUAACUUUGGGGAUGCCAGUGGUUCAGCCAAUAGAUUUGAUUUUGAUUGCCUCGCAGUUUUCUUGCUGCGCAGCAAUUCUCAAAGACAGCAUCAGGAUAGGAACUUAAAAUGAGUUACUGCACAUUUAAAAGGCGCAGGACUGUCUCUUCAGCAGUUUCUGGCCUUGCGUGUUCUUAGGGCACUCUUUGUGCACCUGCUUGCAAAGAGGAUACCCAGAGCCAGCACGUGGUUAUGAUAGCUGGAGGGCCAGAGUAACCUGUGGGGGAGCAGAUCCCAUUCCCUGCUCUGACUUGAAGCUCCCUGCGUGACCUUUGGUCGGUCUCUGUUUCAGCCUAACAUACCUCAGGAGGUUCUUAUGAAGAUAAAGGGAGUCGGGGUAGGGGAAAGGCCUUUUGUGUCCAGGAAAUGGAAGUAGGCAGAGCUAAGCAUUGCCACCUUGGCCACCUCCCCCAGCUUCUUAUCCCAUAGGACAGUUUUACCCUUUCCUUGAUAGGGUGCGCAAAGUGAGGUGGGGAAGGAAUGAGUGUUACCAGGAGCUGCCUGAUGGACAUGCCGCACGGUAGGUUAGGUCUUCCCAAGGCUUUCUCCUUUAUCUGCUGAAAACGCAACAGUUCCUGAAAAGGUAUUAUCAUAAUAAAUGGUAGUGUUAAUCAUCCUGUAUUUUCCUGGACCAGGGCUUCACCUCAUGCCAUUAUCAGACUCUAGAGGCUUUCCUAGUAUGGCGAGGUGCGGCCCUUGCACUUAGCUAUGAAGUGAAAGCAAAAAAUGAAGGGAUUCCCCCCCCCCCCAAAAAAAUUCUACCUGUGCUUUCCCUGUUUGGUAGGCUCAUUAUGUGGUUUAGGAAAUUGAUGACUGUCUUGAGGACACAGCUCACCCUGUACAUGUGGCUUAUAGGCUUUGAGCCAGUUGAUAAGUGCCUGGCCCUGGGGGAAAGGGGAGCGGGUCUCAGCCUUUGAGACAGGCAUCUACUUCUCCAUAUGUGAUUACCUUCCACUAUGUUUCUCGUCCCAGUCUUCUCUUCCCUACCUUAUCCCAUUCUUGCCUUGCUUCAAAGCAAAAGUGGUAUUUCCUGCACCAGAGGAAAAGUUGUGUUGGAGUACGCCAUUUUUAAAGGCCCACAGUCAGCUGCUGAUUAUCCUGUGUGGUGAUCUGUGUAAGACACAAUUUAAGUAAAAUCAGAUGACCUUAGAAGAAAGCU